GAGAUGGCCUACGGCAUCAUGGGCUCGAGCCGCGACUCCUUCCUGCUCACCUACCAGACCGCCCAGCCCGUGCGCGCUCUCUAUUUUGACGGCGAGAGUGCCACGCUCAUGGGGUUGGGCCAGAUGGACACCCAGAUGCUGCAGCUUUUUGGGAACGUCACAGGGCCUUCGCACCAGGGCGGGCGCGGGGGGAUGAUGGGGUUGGGGGCCGAGUACCUGCGGGCGCAUGGACUGUGCAACUGGCUGGAGGAGGCUGGGCUGAGAGGGCCUGGGUGGGGGUUUGAGGGGAUCGUGCGCAUGAAUGCUGGGUUUGAGAUGAUCUGGUGUGAUUUCCUGAGCCCGAGUCUGAGGUUGGUGUCGAGGAUGAACGUUACGGCGCCGCUGUUACCAGAGAAGGGGACAGAGGAGGGGGAAAAGAAGAAGGACAAAACGAUCACUUCAUACUACCCGCUGCCACCACAGCCGACCAAGACAGACCGCAACGCCGAGCCCUCCCAUGGCGCACCCCCGCCAAACAUGCGCUGGGACUCGGGCCGUGAGCCGUUCAUCAGGAUCCAGGGCUGGGGCUGGUUCGACAGCGCCACCUGGCACUAUGGGUCCUCUCGCAAUGGGCCCGGGCAAGGCGAGGUCAAGGCCAAGCCGCUCAGCUGCGGGAUCCUAAGCUACUACUCGCCGCAAUUCUUCAACCAGACUCGCAUGCGCGCUCUGGACGAGCAGGCCCGGUUGAACCUGACGAGCGAGGGUCUGUGGACGGGGCCCGGCGAGGAAGGCAAUAGGACCGAGGCCAUCAAACAGCUUGCCCGGCGGCGGCGUUUUCAUCAUCUGGAGAAUGUGACGUCCGAGGAGGCCAUGCUGAUGAGGAGGAACUCGGAGAGGGCAUUGCGGGCCUUCCUCGUCCCCGACACAGAGAACAGCAGCUGCUCCGGCGCGGACUGGGUACUGAUGACGUCCGAGAUCGUGCAGCGCGUCACGAACCAGCUGACCAUGCUGGACACCAGGCUCGCCUCGCUGCCGGGCAUAGACGACAUGGGAGACGACGAGACGGCCAUGUACAAGUGGCUGUUUGACCUGCGGGCGCAGAGCCACAUGUUCAUGGUGGCUUACAUGGAGUACCCGCAGGAGAUCAGCCGCGACACGUGGCAGACGGACUCGGAUCUCUACAGGGAGACACAUGCGCGGUGCCGAUGGCGGUAUACCAGGCUUCUUGUGCCGGAGGAACGUCUACACCACUCGCUCUCGCCCGAGGAGGCGGACAUCCGAUCGGCGGUGGAAGAAGUCUACGGCACGAUCUGUGCAGUGCUGAUCACGAUGGGCUUCGGUAUCGAGCUCGCCUGGCUCGACAUGCUGGCAGACAGGCGUGCAGCGAGUACAGCGCUGGCGCCCAAAGCCGCCACAUGGCAGGAGAACAUAGCCGAGCUCACCGCAUGGCUUGGUUGGGAGAGUCAAUACUACGGCUGUAAGGAACAGUGCGCGUGGAACGAGCGUUGUUAUAUUCCUAUGUGGCCGAUGCUGCACCGAGGAGGCAUGGGCGGCGGUCGACACCCAGGAGAAGGCGGCCGGGGACCUGCAUUUCUAUUAGACGAGGACGACUUUCCCCUUGGCCCGCCGCCUGGUCAUGAUGGCCCUGGACGUGGAGGUCCAGGUUUUAAGAUGCCGCCUCGAGGGCCAUCGUGGAUGGGUGAUGACACGGAUCUCUGGGAGCCCAAAUGUGUGAAUAUCACUUGGAUCAUGGGAGAG